AUGUCAGGUUCUUCUAAGGCGAAUGCUAAAAACAACAAGAAAGUUGUUGAAGUUGCAAAUACAAAUAAUGCUGGUAAUGGAAAGGUGCUGCCUCAACAGAUAAAUCCUCCACAGGUUUCUUUGCCUACCGAUUCAUAUAUUCCUUCUUAUUUGAGUGAAUUGGUUCCUGAAUUGAAGUCUUAUCAGCAGUUAAUAGAGGCAGAGAAGAGAUUAGAUGUCUACUUGGCUAGAAAGAAGAUAGACCUUCAUCAAAAUGUUUCCCAAUGGUCAAAUAAUGGUGUUGGAAGUGCUUUUUCUAUGGAAAACUCUUUGAACCGUCGUAAUAUCGAAAACACCAAAUACUUGAGAGUAUUUAUUUCCAAUAUUGCUGAAAACCAACCUUGGCAAGAUCCAUCUCAGGAGUUAUCCGCUGGUUCUUGGACUAUGAGAGUCGAAGGUAGAUUAUUGGAUUCACAGAAUGUUUCAGAUGCCAACAGACCAAAAUUCAGCUCAUUUUUCCAAGCCAUUGCUGUCGAUUUCAAAAAGAAGAAAAAUGAAUCAUCAAGCAAUAAAAACGAAACUGAUACUGCUGCAACUACAACUACAACUGGAUUAGCUUUACCAAAUCAAAAUCAAGAUGUAGAAAUGAAAGACGUGGAAAUGAAGGAUGAUGUUACUAAACAGGAAACUGAUAUAGCAGAUGCUGUCGAAUGGCAUUUUGAUUCAAAAAAUCCUGUAGAAUUUGACGGUUUAGAUAUCAAAAGACAAGGAACAGAAAACAUCGAUUGUACAGUAACCAUGCAAUUAAAAAACAUAACAGGUAAAGAAUUAGACUACUCACCCGAGUUAGCUUCUAUCAUUGGUUUAUCCCAGGGUUCUUUACAUACCGCUGUUUAUUCCUUGUACAAAUACCUCCUAAUAAACAAGUUAUUGAUCAAUGACGAAUCAAAUAAUCAAGGUCCUUCCUCCUCUUCACCAUCAUCUGAAAAUACAAAUGGCGAAAAGACAAUAGUUCAAUUAGACGAGUUCCUGUCGGAGUUAUUACCAAACUCAAAUAUAGAUGAAACUGUUCCAAAACCAACCACAAUUAAAUUGGUUGAUUUAUUACCGCUAAUAAACCAACAUGUCUCCCCAUUAAAACCAGUUAAAAUUAAUUACACAAUUAGAGUUGACAAAGCUUCAACAUAUGGCGAUUGUGUCUUCGACUUAGCAGUUCCAAAUCCUCAACAAUCAUCAAACGCCAAGGAACCAUCAGAAGAAUCAAAAGAAGGUCUAUCCUUAUUAGCCGAAUUAAAUAAUUUGACCACAGAAUUUAAACCAAAAUUACAAGAAUUAGAUAUGGAAGCAAGUGCUUUACAGCUACAGUUGAAUGAUUCUGCUAGUAGAUAUCAAUUUUUCAAGAAAAUUUCAAGUGAUCCAGUCCCAGUUUUACAAGAAUACAUCGCAUCAAGUGCUACUGCAUUAAAAGUUUUAUCUGGUGAUGAAGGAUACAAUGAAGACACAGUUAGAAGAUCUCAAUUUUACAAAGAUAAUGAAGCCAUUCUAUUUGAAAAUUUGGGUGUUUUAUUGGCUAAUGGUAGAAUGUAA